AUGCUGAGGGAGAGGUUUUGUGUGCCUGCAUACAACCAGAUCAGAAAACACGUGUUUGUGAAAACUGUGAAGAGCUGGUCUGAAGCUCAGAGCUACUGUAGAGAGAAGCACACAGACCUGGCCACUGUGCGCAGCCAGGAAGAAGCAAAGCAGCUCUUAACUAUUACAGGAGCUUCUCUCGGGGAUUCCUGGAUCGGGCUGGAUCGUGAUGACACACAGAACUGGCAGUGGUCUAACAGCGAUGAUGUCAUCUACUCCAACUGGAGGGCAGACCUCUUCUGUGCUUCAGUCAAUUCAGAGGGAAAGUGGAUUGAUUUACCCUGCCACCUUCAGAAAGCCUUCAUGUGCUACAAAGAGACCACCAACAUCACUGAGAGAUACACCCUGAUUGAAGAACUGAAAACCUGGACUUAUGCUCAGCAAUACUGUAGAGAACACCACACCGACCUCGUCAGUAUAAAGAACGCCAGUGAAAAUGAAGAAAUACUGAAGAAAGCGCAGGGCAAGCCCUUCUGGAUAGGCCUGUUCAAUGAGCCCUGGAAGUGGUCACACCAGGGGGAUAACUACACAUUUCACAGCUGGAGCAACGGGGAACCAAACAAUGUGGGAGGGGAUGAGAACUGUGUGGCGAUGAGUAAGACUGGUGGAUGGAAUGACUAUGGCUGCAAAAAUCAGAAUUCCUUCUUCUGCUGUGAGGGCGGCUCCUCUGGUCAGUGUUUCUAUGAAAGAACUGGGAAGACAUGGCAGGGAGCUCAGAGCUACUGCAGAAACCAAGGCAGAGACCUGCCCAGCAUUCAAGACCAGGCCAGGGUUAAUAAGCUUAUAGGUCUUAUACCUUCAACUAGUAACUCGGGUCACUGGAUCGGGCUGUAUCAUGACAAGGAGAACUGGCAGUGGUCCAGUGGAGGUGAUGUCAUCUACUCCAACUGGGAACCAUACCUCUUCUGUGCUUCAGUCAAUUCAGAGGGAGAGUGGGAUGAUUCACUCUGCCAUCAGAUAAACUAUUUCAUGUGCUAUAGCGAGACCAGCAACAUCACUGAGAGAUACACCCUGAUUGAAGAACUGAAAACCUGGACUGAAGCUCAGCAAUACUGUAGAGAACACCACACCGACCUCGUCAGUAUAAAGAACGCCAGUGAAAAUGAAGAAAUACUGAAGAAAGCGCAGGGCAAGCCCUUCUGGAUAGGCCUGUUCAAUGAGCCCUGGAAGUGGUCACACCAGGGGGAUAACUACAUAUUUCACAGCUGGAGCAAUGGGCAACCAAACAAUUGGGGAGGCGAUCAGAACUGUGUGAUGAUGAGUAAGACUGGUGAAUGGACUGACUAUGGCUGCAACAAUCCGAUCUCCUUCUUCUGCUGUGAGGAUUCAGACCCCACAAGCUCCCCUUCCACUCCGGUCUCUCAAGGAGAAUCCUCGAGCCCCCCUUCCACUCCGGUCUCUCAAGAUUCAGACCCCACAAGCCCCCCUUCCACUCCGGUCUAUCAAGAAGGAGAAUCCUCGAGCCCCCCUUCCACUCCAGUCUCUCAAGAAGCAGAAUCCUCAAGGCCCCCUUCCGCUCCGCUCUCUCAAGAUAAGAUGGCAACAGCAAGGAUCAAACUAAACGUACCCAAAGGAAUGAAUCUUGAGGACCCCAAAGUGAGCGAAGCCAUUUUAGAGCAGAUUCGGGAGCACCUCUCCAAGAACAUUCCAAUGGACGGUGUUAAUCUGCGCUGGAGAAAACAAGACGGGGAGAUAUUCCACAAGGAGGAAGAGGAGGAGGAGGAGGAGGAGAUGGAGAAGUACUUCAAGCCGUGAGAUACCAGCACCCACAAUGACAAGCGGGGGCUUUUCAGAGCAGCACUGGUUUAUAGUAAUCUGACAUUAUCUACUGGUUUAUAUUAAUCUGACAUUAUCUACUGGUGCAGCACUGGUUUAUAUUAAGGUGAUGGGGGUGUUUUUUUAAUUUAAUGAUCAUUUAAAUAUAAGUUAAAUUAUUUACUGGUGCAGCACAUAUUUAUAUUAAGGUGAGGUGUGUGUGUGUUUUAAUGUAGUAAAUGAUUCUAAUAGAGGUUACAUUAGUUGCUGGUGCAAGUUUCUUUCACCUUGUAAAGAAUAUAUUCAGAGUGCUAACAGAGUAACAGGCCUCUUCACCAUGGCAUGGCAGAGCAUGGAUUUACAGAAUGAAUGUACAACUUGCAGUGUACUAUUAAAUCCCAUAGAGGGCACCACAAACACAUUUACUGAGGGAGGAAGGGAGCAAGCUCCUGUAUAAUUAUACAAUCACCUGGAAGGUCUUGAUGCUGCAGUACAUUAAAAACAACAACUUAUGAUUUCAAUGGAAAUGUCUUAUUUUUACUGAUGAUAUUUAAUUUACAUUACUGUAAAAACAUAAAAAUAACAGGGUCACUGGAAAAUACUUUCCCAUUAUAGUGUAUGGGGAGCAGGGGAG